GAUUCAUUACGGUCUCACCUUCCAUGAAAAAAGGUAAAACGCUGCUUUUGAUAAGGUAAAAAAGAGUGGAAGAGACGAAUUGUCUAGUGGAGGCCCAUGUGGUAAACUUUAAUUAACCCCAUGCACAUGGCCACCCUCUUGUUAAACACAACCCAACCCUGCCUUACUUGUUGCCAUCCUAUAGAACCAUGGAUGGACCACGCCUUAAAUAUUUCUGUCAAGCAGCACUUAACAACUCUCUGACCAUGAUGCCAAGCCAACAGUUACCUCUUAAUAACUUAACCUACAGCUUCACAAAAGGACAUGGGGUGUGCACUGCAGCACUGGUAACAGUUCACCAGAAAGUUUCAGUUUUCUAAGCAUUAACUGUUGCAAUUACCUUUACGUCCAUCAGUCUCAGAUUAAAUAUUUGCGGCAUACGCGUCCUACAUGGUGAGCCCUACUCCUCCUCCCUCUCUGGUCUCCUUUUCCUCUUUGUGUCAAUUCACAAAUCCAUUUGGUAGACAAGCACACAACCUUUGCUUUCCCUGUGCAGGUUUGUUAUUGUAAAGGAAGCAGCAGCAAUUCCUUGUUCCAUGCUGUGCCUCAUCAUGGCUUCUUUCUUCUUUAGCAUCGCUGCAUCAUUUGGGCCACUAAAGCUCUUCCUGCCCUUGUGAUUGUGAGCAAGUUCUUGAUGCUUCCCAGAUCCCAAAUGGCCAUACAACUCACGCUUCUACUCAUUUCGUGUAGCCUUUACAGUAUGUAUUCCUCUUCUUCUUUCUCCACGUCCUCCUCUCUUGCAUUGCUGGUGCUGGUUAUCUCCACCUGCCUCUCCUUGCUCUUCUCGAACCUCAGACAACUGAUGAGAACCAGCAGCCACAAAACUUCCAUGGAGGUGGUUGCUCAUCAGGAGAAGAGCACUGUGCCACAAGAUGAGGUGUCCGAGGAUGCGCCGGUGGAUUCGGCUGGAAGCCUGUCAGGGUCGUCAGAUUGCCAGGUGAGUGAAGAGUGGACUGAUGAAGUCUCGGUGUCUGACGACGACGACGAGAGUCUUAUUGAGAUCUCCCUUGUUGAUGGGUACUAUGUGGGGCAAGAGGAGCAAUGCCUCUGGAAGAAGGAGCAAGACCUCCUCGUUGACUUCCUGCCGGAGUUCGUUCUCGACAGGAGGGACUUCAUAGACAUCUUGCCGGAGAUCGGUGAGGAGGAAAACAUGAUCGAGAUUGACAUUGCAAGGGGCUCCAUCAAGUGCGCAAACUUCAGCGUCAAAGCAUGAGCUUUGCAGAGGUUUGGUGAAGUUAAAAUCAUUGUAUGAAUUGCUCCGGAGCUUUCGUCGGGGCAAGGGAGUAGUAGUAGGUUGUACUACUGGACUACAUGUGGUUUAUUGCCUUGCCUUUUUUUCA